CUCAAACUAGUUUCUGUUCUCAUGAAGUGAAACUCACACAGCCAUUGUUACUGAGAGGAAAAAUGGCGCAGCAAGCAGUUCAACUGGACCGAGAAACUUUCUCCUGUUCGAUCUGUUUGGAUCUACUGAAGGAUCCGGUGGCGAUUCCCUGUGGACACAGCUACUGUAUGAACUGUAUUAACGAUCACUGGGAUGGAGAGGAUCAGAAAGGAAUCCACAGCUGCCCUGAGUGCAGAGAGACAUUCACACCAAGACCUGUACUAAAGAAAAACACAAUUCUAGCAGCUUUAGUGGAGCAGAUGAAGAAGACCGGAUUCCAAGCUGCUCCUGCUGAUCAUCGUUAUACUGUUCAUGAAGAUGUGGCCUGUGAUUUCUGCACUGGAAAAAAGCUGAAAGCCAUCAAGUCCUGUUUAGUCUGUCUGGCCUCUUACUGUGAGAAACACAUUCAACCUCAUUAUGAAGUGGCUCCUUUAAAGAAACACAAGCUGGUGGAGCCGUCCAAGAACCUCCAGGAGAACAUCUGCUCUAAGCAUGGUAAGGUGAUUGAUAUCUUCUGCUGCAAGGAUAAGAAAUGUAUCUGUUAUCUCUGCUCUGUGGAUGAACAUAAAGGCCACAACACAGUGUCAGCUGCAGCAGAAAGAGCUGAGAGGCAGAGAGAGCUGGAGGAGAGACGAGGAAACAUCCAGCAGAGAAUCCAGGACAGAGAGAAAGAUGUGAAGCUGCUUCAACAGGAGGUGGAGGCCAUCAAUCACUCUGCUGAUAAAACAGUGGAGGACAGUGAGAAGAUCUUCACUGAGCUGAUCCGUCUCCUCCAGAAAAGAAGCUCUGAUGUGAAGCAGCAGAUCAGAUCCCAGCAGGAAACUGAAGUGAGUCGAGUCAAAGAUGUUCAGGAGAAGCUGGAGCAGGAGAUCACUGAGCUGAAGAGGAAAGACGCUGAGCUGGAGCAGCUCUCACACACAGAGGAUCACAACCAGUUUCUCCUCAACUACCCCUCACUGCCAGCACUCAGGGAGUCGACACACUCAUCCAGCAUCAACAUCCGUCCUCUGAGACACUUUGAGGACGUGACAGCAGCUGUGUCAGAGCUCAGAGACAAACUACAGGACGUCCUGAGAGACUCAUGGACAAACAUCUCACUGAUGGUCACUGAGGUGGAUGUUUCACCAUCAGAACCUGAAUCAGGACCAGAACCAACAACAAGGGCUGGGUUCUUGAAAUAUUCAUGUAAAAUCACAAUGGAUCCAAACACGGCUCACACAAUGCUGGUUCUGUCAGAGGGAAACAGGAAGGUGACGAGGAUGGAUCAACAUCAGAUUUAUCCAAAUCAUCCAGACAGAUUCACUGAUUGGUGUCAGGUUCUGAGUAGAGAGAGUCUGACUGGACGUUGUUACUGGGAGGUGGAGUGGAGCGGGAAACGGGUUUAUAUAGCGGUCACAUACAAGAAUAUCAGCAGAGCAGGAGAUGGGAAUGAAUGUAGAUUUGGAUAUAAUGACAAAUCCUGGGCAGUAAAUCAUUACAAAGACAUAUAUCGUUACGAAUCUAAUUUUCUUCACAACAACAUCUGGACCUCCAUCUCAGCUCCUCGUUCCUCCAGAGUCGGAGUGUACCUGGACCACAGAGCAGGUCUUCUGUCCUUCUACAGCGUCUCUGAAUCCAUGACUCUGAGCCACAGAGUCCAGACCAGAUUCACUGAGCCGCUUCACGCUGGAGUUUGGGUUUGUAAUACUGGAGGUUCUGCAGAGUUCUGUAAACUUAAAUAAGAUUCUCUUAGAUUUUGAGUUAUUUGCUGUCAGGUCUCUUCACUCAUGUUUAAUUUCAUUCUAUCUGUUGUUUGUAAAUGUGUUUGACUAUGAAUAUAGGUGAUAAUUUUGUUUUUAUUUUAGUCUUUAGUUUUUAUUUCCUUUGACUUGUGUUUUUUUUAAACUUCAGUUUAUGUGUGUGUUAAUGCCUCAUUUUAGUAUUCACUUGUUCAUUAAGUUAUAGUUUAGUAUCUGUCCACCAAGAUAAUUCUGUGACUUUAAAUAUUUUUUGUGUGCAUUUUUUGCAACAUAACCUGUAGACAGAAAUAUCAGAUGUGUAUUAAGACAUUUAUGAAGAUUGUUCAUGUUCAAUUCCACACAGUCUGUCUGUUUGAAUCCAAUAAAUAAACUAAAUACAAACUGAA